AAGAAAUCUCAGGAUGGUGCUACCCGAGCGACGGGUGGGUCCCACCGGGAAUUCCCGGAACAAUGCCUGCUCGACCUUUUCCUUUCUUUUGAUCUCUUUUCUAGGUAGCAUGAGGAGGAUGGGAUGGAGAUGUGUCGCCUACCACCACGGUGAUGACGGUGGCGAUGGCGACGCUGGUGGUUGUAUGCGUUGCCUCGGCUCCAUUGUCGUCGUCUCCUUUGCCCGCUGUGGGACCGAGGCGGAUGAGGACGUCGCGGCCCAGGAGCCAUGUGCUGCGUGCGGAUAAAGCUGGACUUCCAUACGCCCAAGCUUUUGCGCUGGCAGACAAAACGACGGGUCGCUUCUCCGGCCAGGUUGCACCAACAAGUUUGGCUCUCUCAUCAAGAUGGCAAUGUGAUGGUGUAGCACUCGGCCACGUCUCUCGUGUAUUAUUAUCAUUACGCACACCGAGAGGGACCCUGUGGACGUGGACGAGCAGGAGACGUAGAAUUCUAUGGAUGAGGAUCGAGGAGGAUCUUGUCACCCACAGUUUGAUGAUGGGUUUCUGUAUCGGUUCUCAGCUUCCUCGAGGGUUGCUUCAAAAUUACGAUGAGAGCUUGGUAGAGCGAUUCUCUCUGCGACCAAUUUGGCAUCCGGCCAUUUCAAUAACGCAUGAAUUGCAUAUAGUCAUCAGAUGUACGUAACUUUACGUUUGCAAGCGAUCUGACGUUAUCCGAGUGAUAAAAACAACAAUAUUUUAAUUUUUCGUAUUAGAGCAAUUUAGAACCUUUCUCCUGCGCUUGAACUUUUCCCUACGUUUUCGAUCGAUUGGAACUCCGAGAUGCGGGAUGGCAGCCGAAGGCCUCUUCGAGACGUUCUCGCGGGGCCACCUCUGCUUCCUCGAUUCCCGUAGCUUCCAGAGAAAGGUCGUUGAUCGAUCCGAUCGAUCCAUUCCUCUGCGCUUGCGGCACGCUCGUAGCCGAGUUCUUGGCGUCUAUUUGGGUUACAAGUUGGAGACGUUCGAUGUCCUAGGGUUUCAAGAAUCGCGAGAUCGACGGCCUUCUGCAGGGAUCUCGGGGCCGUGAAAGAUGAUCUUGCCUUGAGGUGAGUGCUCCCUUUUGUAAUCUUUAUGCUCGAUGAUGGAGAGCGGCAUUUUCUUCUCCCUCGUGAACAUGGAAAGUUGUGCUGCUUGGGAAAACGAUCGCCCGUCGGUGGGACAGCUCAAGUUGCCGAAACCGACAAUGGAAGAAAUUGCCCCAACGAUCAUGCAUCUUUUAGCAAACCUGGUCAAGGACCACAGAGAGCGUCCUUUAUGUGCACGAUUGCUCCCUGUAGCUCCAGGUGGUAGUAAGCAUCCUCGCCGAGGCGAAGGGAAUCAACGGAUCUCCAGACCGAGACUGAUAGGAUCAUCUAGGGAAUCCAGUUCUGCCCGGUCAAGCUGAUCUUGGGUGAAUAAGUGCAACAGAACGGGUGGCCGAUACUGAAAGCCACCUGUGACCAAAGCUCAUUUCGUUGAAGCCUCACCGGUGGUGGCCGCUGAAUACAGUGGGAUGUCAUGGAGGAGCCCGAGGAAUUCGCUGGUCAUAUUCUAUUCGGUGAAGAGGACCAUUAUAUGUUAUUUAAACGCAUACUGAAAAUUAAAGUUGGUACAGGAGUGAAGCCCAUGAAAUGCCCUUAGCAUUAUACUUCCAAAUUGGUGCCCUCUGAUGUGAGCUCUAAGGUCUUCGCUGGUUGCUGAGAAGAUUGGCAAUGUGGGUUAUUGCCUUAAUUGGAGUGUUUGAGUGAAGAUCCAUGGGGAGGAGGAGUUUUGUUCGUUUGAUGAGUAUAAUUAGCACGCUACAAUUUGGACUACUGUCCAUCUUCGUUCGGAAUGUGGCUUCCACUCUGAGAGCUCCUAGGAUUACUGCUGCCCGUUCCAGAAAGUGCAAGCUGCAUCAGGACAAGGGAAGAUGAGUGCAUGUAUCAAUAAUGAGGAAACAAUAUUUCAGUUGGAUGAAACAGGUAUGGCAGGUGACAUAUGGAUUUUGGCAUUAUGUGAUUUUCCAAGCUCGUACUCAGCUAAUGAGAUAAUAAGGGAGCAUGAGUUUCUUCAGGACAGGUUACCUCGAAAGCAUUUUAAAGAAAGGAAAACAAAAUUACUAAUCCUUACAGCUCAAUGCUUGUUGAGAACUGGUCCACAGAUUACUACAUUCUGCGAGGAUUUCUGCAUGAAAAGAAGCUUGAGUCUUAUAAGAUAGCAUUUUCCUUACCACACAAAAGGGCACAUUCUGGCUUGCACAAAGUGAAAAUGUGAGGAGCUAGAUACUCCACGUACCGAAAGGGUGACUUUAUUCUAUCUGAUCUCCUCUACAGAAGAAAACAGUGAUUCACUAAUAUGCAGUCGUGUCAAAAGUGACAAUCUGUUCUGAGCUCAUGUUGGAUAGAAUCUAGGCACUUUCUCAUCUGGUUCUUCCAUCCAACCAGGAUAGAACUGUCUUCAGCUCUUGUGGUUCUGUCUACACUACGCGAGAUGUUUGACAGUUCAUCUCAUGACUCACGGGUUACAAGCUGAUCUACCUCUUCAACGAUACAGUUGCUUUUAGAUCAUAUAAAGAUACGAGAGCAACAUUCUGUUCUGCACUAUUGUUGGAUAGAAUCUAGGUGCUUUUUCAUCUGGUUCUUCCAUCUAACCAGGAAAGAAUUGCCUCUGGUUUUCAGCUAUUGUGGUUUCUGUCUACUCUACGAGAGAUGUUUGACAGUUCAUCUUAUUUCUCAUGGAUUACAAGCCAAUCUACCUCUUCAACAUGAUACGGUUGCUUUUGUGAUGAUCAUAUAAAGACAUGAGAGCAAGAUGGGACAAAUUGUGUUGGCCCAAAGAAUGGUAGAAUUGUUGCCCUUUUGAUUGUUUCCCCCUGUUGUUUUCUGCACUUGUAGUGCCUUCCUGCUGCAUCUGGUUUCCAAUACUGUAUUGCAUUCAUGUGUUUUUAAGACAAACAUUACUCUUAUCGAUUUUGUUUUUAUGAAAACCUUUAUGUAAACCAUAUGCUACAAUUCAUAGAUUGUUAGAUUUAUGGAUUAAUUUCCUCUUUUCAUCUAAUUUUGCUGAUGCUUGAAAUUUGAUACCAGGUGAGGCCUUAUUUUUGCUUGCUUAUACUAUCUAUGUGUUCGAUGACAUCAAGUUGUCUGCAAAGAGAAAUGGUUGAGAAGCAUGUAAUAUGUUUCCUAAGUUGAAAAAAAGGUCAAGAUGUAAUAUAAUUUUUUUUUUUUA